ACAUACACCGUCAACGAACUUGUACGUACGACCCACAUAGCUAGGGUUGUUCACGCUGAGCUAGUUGUUGACGCUUGAAACUUAAAAGAAACGGGCAGAGAGAGCGCCCUUGCUGUCCACCCAGCGCAUGAUACAAACAAGAGGAGAUAUUGUAUUGACCAGUUUGACGUAUUCCAAAGGAUGGCUGUGAGCAACACGCUGAAGGAUCUAUGGAAAAUUAGGACAUUACUGAUACUUUUUCUUACCCCAAUUCUGCUUUUGCCGCUUCCAAUACUGAUACCUACGAAGGAGGGACGAUGUGCCUACGUUGUUAUCAUGAUGGCGGUGUUCUGGAUCUCCGAGUCGCUGCCAAUCUCGGUGACAGCGCUGCUCCCAGUCUUCAUGUUUCCGCUCCUCAAUGUGGUGGAGGCUAAAGUCAUAUCGAAGGCUUAUAUGAAUGAUACAAUCAUGGUUUUCCUUGGUGGACUGUGCAUGGCUGUUGCUAUAGAACACUGGAACAUCCACAGAAGAAUUGCACUGCGCAUUUUGAUGAUGGUUGGGUCCGAACCAAGAUGGUUAAUGCUUGGGUUGAUGAUAGCAACGUGGUUCCUGUCGAUGUGGAUCAGCAACACUGCGACGACGGCCAUGAUGAUCCCAAUCGCCAACGCCAUUCUAAUACAGCUGAAGGAUACGAGAGACCGUUCUAAAGACCAGGGAGAAAUUGAAAUGAAUGGAAAAGAAUCAAUUACUGACAAAAAUGCUGAAAAAGAAGAACAGGAACCACCAGUGGACAAGCUACAAAUCAAACCGUCCGAUGGACCAGACGUAACCGAGGAAGCAGAGUUUACCCGUUUGAAGAAAGCCCUUUCACUGUGUAUUGCAUACGGGGCUAAUUCCGGAGGCAUCGCAAGUCUUACAGGAACUGGACCAAACCUCGUCCUGAAAGGACAGACAGAUGAACUGUACAGUAGCCGUGGUAUUGAGUCUCCCGUCAACUUUGCCUCCUGGAUGGCCUACGGGUUCCCCUUGUCUGUCGUCGUCCUCAUUGUCUGCUGGUGCUGGCUCAAUAUUCUCUACCUCAGAUGCAAAGGUAUCUGUGCUUGCUUGAGCGAUGACCCUUUAAGAAGGAUCCAGGCCGAGAAAGUGAGAAAUGUCAUCGUGACAGAGUAUAAGAAACUUGGUGCUAUCACGUACGCCCAGGCCAAUGUCAUGGUGUUAUUUCUUCUACUGGUUAUUUUCUGGGUCUCGCGAGAUCUCGGAGGAGUUGGUGGCUGGGGAGAUCUCUUUGAACACAACUUGGUAAAAGAUUCGACACCUGCAGUUUUGUUGGCAGUGAUGCUUUUUGUUCUUCCUUCCAAAUUACCACGUGUCUUCUGUCUCCGGAAAAACUCUUAUGAAAUGACUGAAGAAGAGAAGGCAGAAGCCGAGGCUCCGAUCACACCGUUGCUGACGUGGAAGGUCCUCCACGAGAAGAUGCCAUGGGCACUCUUCCUCCUGCUUGGAGGCGGGUAUGCUCUUGCUAAGGGCUGUGAGGAGUCUGGCCUGUCUUUCUGGAUUGGUACUCAGCUGCAGGUGUUGAAGGGCCUGAACCCAUGGCUGUUGCUUCUGAUUAUCUGUUACGUGUGUGCUGCAGCAACCGAGGUGACCAGCAACACAGCAACAGCAACACUUGUCAUGCCGAUCCUGGCCAACCUGGCUAUUGGAACCGGAGUGAACCCAUUGUUCUACAUGUUUCCGGCAGCCCUCUCUGUUUCAUUUGCAUACAUGUUGCCCGCUGCCACGCCCCCUAAUGCCAUCGUGUUUAGCUACGGCCAUAUCAAAGUGUCCGACAUGGCGUCAGCUGGAAUCAUGAUGAACAUUUUAGCCGUACCUCUGUUGCUCAUGGCAACCGCUACAUGGGGAGACGCCAUUUUCCAUUUUGAUGUGGUCCCAGAGCCCUUCAGACUCAACGCAACCCUUCCAGUGAACGUCACUCCUUCUUAGACUGAUACUACAGCUGUCCGUCAUCCUUUGAUAUGCCCUACCAGCAUCACUUCAAUGCUAAAAGAACUCUCUUAUGAUGGCCACCAAAAUCAUUAAAAUGAUUAUGCAAACAGAUAUUUUGUCAAUAAUUAUGCCAUGUAAUAUAAGCUCAUAAUGAAAUCUCAUCUCACAGGGAUUCUAAAUAUAUUGCUAUCAUGCCUUGUGGCAUUUUCAAGAUGGCCACCAUUGUCCU